UUUUGCAUGAAUCUUCUUUCCAUCGUUUCCCCGACAAUCGCUAGUUCCAGCUUCCUCUGGAGCCUAAUUUGACGUCUCCCAUUCAGCUGUGCUUCCAUCUCGAUCCCUCCAGAUGGGUUAACCUCAACCAGACUCGGAUCGAUCAAGCAGACAAUAGAAUUAAGCAUUCUCAUUCUGCUUGCAAGGCUGAUCGCUAUUUUUAUCAUACUGCUGCAAGGCCCAUCCUGUUCCCGUGGGACCUAACUGUCUGACGAAACAUCGCCAAAGCUGAACCCCCCCCGUCAGCUUGCGCCACAAUCGGAUCCAGUAGCUUCCCCGUUCUUUCGCCAACCAUUCCAGGCUGGCGAGAGGCACCCGUUAUCCAUGGCUGCGUUGAUGCAAUCGAAUAACGAACCUGUUACCAUUUCUAACUCAUUGCCCGGGCCCUCCGCCUCCAUCAUCUCAAGCCCGCCGGAAUCUGUCGCCUUCCUGAAGCAUACGAAACCAGACUCGAGUCUUACCUCCAUUGCCAGUGCCGGCUUAAACGUCUCACGAUCAAGAGAAUCGUUGCCACCCAUGACAACGACUGCACAGCCAGUUGGUUCGGUGGAUCGACUAGUAGAACAUGAGAAGGAGCCGGAGCAAAACAGCUCACAGGUAGCGAGAGAAGCUCUCGGUGCAACCGAGAAGCAACAAAUGAAUUCGCUUAAUGAUUCUAUACAUAUGUCCGAUCAGAUGCAGGUCGAUACGCAUUCGACUUCGGGCAAUGCGGCGGAUGCCUUUGGAACGGCCGAUAACAGCACGUCCCUUAUGAAUACCUCAACAGUUGCCAGUCCUGGCCCGAUAGAAGAUUCGGCUUCACAGGAUGGGGAUCGUCCACGUCAUAGGGACGAAAUGGACUUGCAGGAUGCAAGUAACAAGUCCUUCUCUUACCCUAUGCCGACGGCAGGUCUUGGUGAUCCCCGUCGUGGCCUGAGCUUACCAGGUUCUGGAUUCAAUAAGGCCGGCCAGCGAUCACCAUCGGCCAAAAAACACCGUUGCCCAUACUGUUCUACGGAAUUCACAAGGCAUCAUAAUCUAAAAAGCCACCUUCUUACACAUAGUCAAGAGAAACCGUACGUGUGCCAGACUUGCCAAUCGCGCUUUCGAAGACUUCAUGACUUGAAAAGACACACGAAGCUCCACACCGGAGAGCGUCCACACAUUUGCCCCAAAUGCGGGCGUCGAUUUGCUCGUGGUGACGCUCUCGCUCGACAUAACAAAGGACAAGGCGGAUGUGCGGGUCGUCGGGCGAGCAUGGGAAGUUACGCUCCUGAAGAUGAAUACGGCGACGCUGGGGUCCAUCCAGGUGCGGAGGACACGAUGGAUGGCCUCGUCUAUGCAGAGCCCGAGCAUAUAGAUGAAGAGGAUGAACGCCGCAUGAGCAUGCCCAGCAUUAAAAAACAUGAUAUUCCCACAGAUUCGAUCACACGAUCCAAUACCGCAAAUAGUUAUCAACCGCGGCAGCCGAGCACGUAUCCCCCGAUUGCCGCUGGUAGACCAUCUCCAGGGGGCCUUUUCCCGCCUCCUGCCAGUCACGGUGGCUCCAGCGCAUCGGCAUCCCCCAUCUCGCAGCCCGGUAACUUGACAUUUCCACCUCCUGGCCAGCAUUCGGGAGCCUCAAUAUUCCAACCAUCAAAUGUCACCGAAAGCCCAAAGCCGCUUUCACCAAAUGCACUAUCUUCGCACCAGCUCGGUCAUGGCCCUGAACUUCAUCGCGCUCAUUCUCCAGGCAUGGCGCAGUCAUUCCAGCAGCAACCAUAUACCAGGUCGGGGUCUUCUCAGGCAUCUGUUGCAAAUCAUACCGCUGGCAGUUUAGGCCUUCCCCCACCACAGCCUGGUGCUCCUCAGCUUCCUCCACCGCCUGGAAUGAACACCUCAGAUUCUCGAUUUUCAAUUCACUCUCAGAACUCUGUGCAACCACCACCGGCCGCUACGAAACAUACACCACCCCACAGCCAUUCUAGCAACCAUAGUGGGCCUCUGGCAUCCAAAACAGGCCCGGAGGUGACCGCAAAUAAUAAUGGGCACCUUCCGGGACCGCAUGACUCGAAUUAUGCUGAUCAGAAUCGUGAGCGAGAGGAUAAGCUAUGGACAUAUAUUCGUUCUGUUCAUGAAGAACUAACAGGAUUGAAGACCGAAGUAGCGGCUUUAAGGGCACAGCUUGCAUCAGCAAACGUAAAUACACUGACAUCAUCGACUCCAAGUGCCACACAACCUCAGGUUGAGCCGAGCACUGUCAGUGCCGGCCAACGGUGAUUGCAAGCUGCGUUCCACUCAUACUCAGGUGUUUUCAGACUCCUACCUGCUACCGAAGGCAUCCGGUUGAUGAUGAUAACUGUUGAUUAUCUUCUUGACAUAUAACUGGACUAACUCUCGAAGAAUGUCAAUACCCUUCACAUGUCCUACUGCAUGUGUCCCCAUUUUGUCAUGAUUCCUUGUCAGUGUUUCCACUUUUCUUUUGUUGACACCUUAAUGCCUUGACGAGACAAUAUCUAAAUUCAACGAAAGACCUGUUGCGAGGCUGGUCCAAUCUUCUUUAGUGAUCCACCUAGUCUCUAAUUUUCCUUCUUAACUCUGUUUUUACUACACCUUUCUUUCCCUUGGCGUCAUCUUUUUCACUUGAUAUGUUCACUCUUUCAGGAUAGGGGUAUGGAAGUGUUUCACGUACAGAGGUUAUUCUACCUUCCUCCUCAUCCUAGUCUUGAUUUUCCCUUCCCAAUAAUCCUAUAAUAAUUACUCACCCCCUCAUUGUCCUACAACUUGUCCGGAAUCAGCAUACCAUAUUUCUCUUUUUGGUUUUACAGAUUUUAGGAGCAGGGAGUAUGAGGGCGGCAAAAUGUGUUACUAUAACUCAAUUCUGGCAGCGUAUGCACGUGGCAGGGUCAAUCUCUUCACUAUUAAUAGUAUGGAGUAGGACGGGAGCAACUACUGUCUCCCCAAGAAUUCGGCUCGGUACCCCUAGCAAA